GCGCCAGAGGGGAACCAGUAGUUGUGGCAAGGACAAAGGAAUCUUUAGCAAUUUAUCGGACUGCUGGAGCCAGCCAGGUGCCCAGGAGCGAAGGCACAGAGCCUGCAGCACUACAGCGUCCCGGAGGAGGGAGGGGAACCCCACGUUAAUAAAUCUGUUGGCAAAUGAGUCUCAUUAAUAGAUAAAUAUUUCACUGCUUCCUUUAGGGCGGAUAAACAGUGUGCCUCCGAUUAAGGAAAGGAAGCUGGGAGACGUUGACUUUAUUCGAACCACAUGGUUCCAGUUUGCGGUGGCAUUCUCGCUGCAGCUGCAAGAGGUGCUGCGCCUUCCCCGUCUGGAUCCGAGUCUAAGUCCGGCCUGUCGCCCACUGGACCUGGGAGGCUGCGGGCCCCGCGGAGCGAGACCACCUGUGAGGGUUGCUGAGAUUGGCGGAGGCGGUCAUGUGGGCGGUCACGUGCUGCGGCGAGCUCCGUCCAAAAGAAAAUGGGGUUUGGUGUAAAUCUGGGGGUGUAAUGUUAUCAUAUAUCACGCUACCUCGUAAAACCGACACUGAAAGCUGCCGGACAACAAAUCACAGGUCAAAAUUAUGAGUUCUUCGUAUUAUGUGAACGCGCUUUUUAGCAAAUAUACGGCGGGGGCUUCUCUGUUCCAAAAUGCCGAGCCGACUUCUUGCUCCUUUGCGCCCAACUCACAGAGAAGCGGCUACGGGGCGGCCGCCGGCGCCUUCGCCUCGACCGUUCCGGGCUUAUACAAUGUCAACAGCCCCCUUUAUCAGAGCCCCUUUGCGUCUGGCUACGGCCUGGGCGCCGACGCCUACGGCAACCUGCCCUGCGCCUCCUACGACCAAAACAUCCCCGGGCUCUGCAGUGACCUCGUCAAAGGCGCCUGCGACAAGGCGGACGAGGGCGCGCUGCACGGUCCGGCUGAAGCCAAUUUCCGCAUCUACCCCUGGAUGCGGUCUUCAGGACCUGACAGGAAGCGGGGCCGCCAGACCUACACGCGCUACCAGACGCUGGAGCUGGAGAAGGAGUUCCACUUCAACCGCUACCUGACGCGGCGCCGCCGCAUUGAAAUCGCCCACGCGCUCUGCCUCACCGAGCGCCAGAUUAAGAUCUGGUUCCAGAACCGCCGCAUGAAGUGGAAGAAAGAGCAUAAGGACGAAGGUCCGACUGCCGCCGCAGCUCCCGAGGGCGCCGUGCCCUCUGCUGCCGCCACCGCUGCCGUGGACAAGGCCGACGAGGAGGACGAUGAUGAAGAAGAGGAAGACGAGGAGGAAUGAGGGGCCGAUCCGGGGCCCUCGCUGCACCGGACAGUCGGAAAACGUCUUUAAGAGACGCACUGGUUUUACUUACAAAAAUGGGAAAAAUAAAAGAAAAUGUAAAAACAACAACAACAACAAAAAAACAACCCAGUCCCCAACCUGCACUCUACCCACCCCCAUCACCUACUCCAGCUCCCAACUUUUGUGGACUGAGCGGCCUCAGAGACUGGGUCGCCUUGGAUUCCCUCUGCCUCCGAGGACCCCAAAAGACCCCCAACCCCAGGCCACCCGGCCCUGCUCUGGCGCGGCCAAAAUACUACCUAGCACAGGCCUCUGCUUGAGGCAUCCCCAAACUACCUAUGUAUCCAGCCCCAGAGGGCCUCCAUUCCCAGGAAGUCCCUAUGUAUCCCAACACUGGCAGACACCCAGCACCACCCUCCCAGACCCGCAAGAAAGUGAAUCUCACUACUACCUACUCCCCUAAAACUACCUAUUUUGUGCUGGCUGGCUUGCCUGCUACCUAGUGCCGACUGCUCCCAGGCAAGGCCCCCGCUGCUUACAGCCCGCAGCUUUUGGGGUCCCUGAGGCUGCCCUGAGAAUGUGCUGAGGUCAAGGAUCAGGGUAUUGGCAUCUAUUUAAAUUGAAAAAUAAUAUAUUUAUUCCAAAAAGCAUUCUAAGUGCUUGUACCCUAGAAUCAAUCCCUCCUUCUCUGGCUUGGCACCCAAAGCUCAGGCCCAUCAACCCCCACUUCUGGAGGGGAAUGUUCCUGAGCUGGCUGCAGAUCUGUGGGUUAGCUUCUGCUUACUUAGCAGGACUGUGGAGAUGCUCCCAGCUUCGCUGUCCUUUACUCUGGCUCCUGUAUCUUACUGUUCAGCUGUGUUAAAUAUGUAUGCCCUGACGUUUCCUAUAAUAGCAGAUACUGUAUAUUUGAACAAGAUUUUUUUUUUUGAUCAUUUCUAUAGUCUUGGAGUUCAUUUGUAAGGCAGUGUCUUGACUUGGAAAGGAUGUGUUAAUGGGGUGACUUUGUAGCAUGGUAUGUUGUCUUGAGUUAACUGUAGUGGGUGGGGAGGUCCAAUGCCCUCCGCAAUGCCCUUCAUCUCCUGUGUUGUCCUGUACCCCGCUCAGCUCCAUCCUGGGGUUCAGGGAAGGCACACUUCCCAGCCCAGCUGUGUUUUAUGUAACCGAAAAUAAAGAUGCGUGGUGACAAAGAAAAA